AUGCAAAAGACAAUGCUAACGUUAGCAGCGCUAUUGCUUACGGCACAAGUUCAAGCGUUCGAUAAAGUGGAAGUUGGUCCUCACUUUCAAACGCACUUGCCUGCCGAAACUGCAGAGCAACCUCAACCACAGGUUCAAUCAAAAUCGUUCAACUCCAAUCGUACCGUUGGAGAAAACAACCAUCUUUACAGCUUCGUUGCACGCGCCAAGGAUGAAGUGGAAGCUUCUCGUUUCUUGCUGGAGACUCCCAUUUCUUCGUGUAUCAGCAUGGUGACUGAAGUGGGAGAUGGGCCACAAGUCUGCCAUCCUGCCACCCACAACGCCAAUGCCUUUAUUGAAUUUGAAGACGUUGUUCCCAUGUUGGAGGAUUACACUGAUAGCCGCAAGCUUCCCAUUGAAAUCAUCGAUCAGAGACACUCCGAAGUUGACUUUGUUAUUUCUCAAGACUGGUUUGAUGGAGAAGUUGGAGCACUUUCGGUCUUUUACAGACCCGAUGCUGAAGCGGGUGCCUGUGAUACUUAUGCCAAUGUCACCAAGGGUGAAUGGAAAGAGCACUUCACGGCCAAGUGUUACUUCAAGAAGGCCGAAGUAAAGAUUUACAUGCGAUGGUGUGGAAGUGAAGAGGAUGCUGUUUGCGAAGAGAAUUGUGAUUUGUGUCACACUCCUGACGACUUGAGCCAAUACAAGGAGCUCUCCUUUGAAAUCGACUGUGACCCCAGAUGCUCUCGUCCCAACACUGCCGAAAACAACGCUUUCGAUCCCUUUGAUCUUCCCUGUGAAGAUGAAGAUACGGAACAAUUAGAUGGUUUCCUCGGCGGAGGUGCUCAAGAUUGCGAUGCCUCCUCGGUGGAGGUUGAUGAAGAAAAUCUCCCCAUCAGGGUCGUGGAACGUUCUCGUGAUGGAGAAACUGUCGUCUUUGAACUCACCCAAGAUUACUACAAAGGAUCCAUUGUCAAAUGGGGUGUCCACCAUCGUGCCAAUUCAACCUAUCAAGAUUGCGAUGUGGAACACGAUGUUGCUUAUAGUGAUACGCGCCAGUUCACCACAAAGUGCUGGUAUGGACAAGCUGCCGUGACCUUGUAUGUCUAUCUAUGCGAAUUGGAACCACACGAUGAUUGUGAUGUGUGUUCCCCACCAGAAUCCAUGGACAACUUUAUGCAGUAUGCCUACAACAUUGCUUGCUACCGUCCUUGUGACAAUGAUACCGAUAUCAUUACUUUCGAUGACCCCUUCACCGAUCCUCCCGAGAUUGGGACUCUUCCUCCAGAAGAGAACAAUGCCGAAGAUCCCGAAUUGCCAGGUGUUCCCAACAACUGUACCCAACUUGUUACCACUGUUGGUAAUGGUGGCUCCACUUGUACCGUUGGCGGAGAAUACCAGCGCUUGAUUGGAGAUGUUGAAGCCGAGGAGACCAUUGAUAUUGUUUCCGCUACCGGCGAUACUGUGGAAUUCAAGGUCUCUCAAAAAUUUGUCGAUGGAGAAGUCUUCCGUUUUUCCGUCUUUUACGAUAAUGCCAUCUCUCAGCAUGACUGCAAUACCUUUAUGGACGUGGUUCCCACAUGGGAUGGAACCUUCACGGCUGUAUGUUUUGAGAACAAGGCCGCAAUCAAGUUUUAUUUCCGCUUCUGCGGAAACAACGUCGAAGAAGAGUGUAACUUUUGUGUGACUCCUGACGCCUUGGACGAUUACCUUGAAUUGGCUGUCGAAUUGGACUGUAGCGAGACUUGUGAUCCCGAAUACAUUGAUGACAAGAGUUCCGAGAGCUCUGAUGAGGCAACUAUUCCCGUUCCCGAAAUUAUUGGUGAUGACAAGAGUUCCGAGAGCUCUGAUGAGGCAGCUAUUCCCGUUCCCGAAAUUAUUGGUGAUGACAAGAGUUCUGAGAGUUCUGAUGAGGCAACUAUUCCAUCUGGACCUUCUGGACCUACUCCAUCUGGGCCAACUGAUGGCGGUGACGGAACUAUUCCAUCUGGGCCAACUGGACCAACGCCGUCUGGACCUUCUGGACCAACUCCAUCUGGACAUUCUGGACCAACGCCGUCUGGACCCUUUGAACCUUCUGGGUCAACUCCAUCUGGACCUUCUGGACCUACUGUUGAUGAGAAUGGGGCGGAGAGUUCUGAUGAGGGAACCAUUCCAUCCGGACCUACUGGAUCAACUCCAUCUGGACCUUCUGGACCUACUGUUGAUGAGAAUGGGGCGGAGAGUUCUGCUGAUGAGGGAACUAUUCCAUCCGGACCUACUGGAUCAACUCCAUCUGGACCUUCUGGAUCAACUCCAUCUGGACCUUCUGGACCUACUGUUGAUGAGAAUGGGGCGGAGAGUUCUGAUGAGGGAACUAUUCCAUCCGGACCUACUGGAUCAACUCCAUCUGGACCUUCUGGACCUACUGUUGAUGAGAAUGGGGCGGAGAGUUCUGAUGAGGGAACUAUUCCAUCCGGACCUACUGGACCAACUCCAUCCGGGCCUUCUGGACCAACGCCGUCUGGACCUUCUGGGCCUACUCCAUCUGGACCAGCUGGUGGCGGUGACGGAACGAUUCCAACUGGACCAACUCCAACUGGACCUACUGUUGAUGAGAAUGGGGCGGAGAGUUCUGAUGAGGGAACUAUUCCAUCUGGACCUGCGGAGCCAAUUGGACCAUCUCCAUCAGAGUCAUUGGACUCAAGUGGUGACAACUGUUCGGAUCUUACAGCGUCUGCUUGUCCCGCAGAUGUGGUACAUCAUUCCACCACUGGAUCAACAGUUUUCAGUGGAGCUCCCAUUCGUAUCCAGAGCCAAACUGACAGUACUGUGACUUUCUCGGUUGAUAACACAUUUGGAUCUGUCUUGCAGAAUGUCUACAUCGAAUACUAUUCUCUUGCUGACGGUACAGCCACGUGUACCGCUUCCUCCGAUGUUAGAUUGUGUGCUGCCGAUGGCAUCUUGUACACCGCCCAUUGCACAGGUGGCUCUCCUCAGACUCUGAUCGAUAUGUGGAUGACUGAUACUGCCCUGUUCGAUUCAGUUGCAGACAAUGCUUCGAUUCCCAAUACUUGUGGCGCCGUCUCUGGUGGGUCAUCGACAGUCAAGUACACGUUCGCGUUGUACUGUCAAAGCACUUGUGCGGUCCUACCAAAUAGAAGACUGAGAGGUACAAAUCAGCCACGCGAUUAA